CCCAGACAUUUUGGAUUUGCGUGAUAAAUAUAAAGUGUUUGAGGACCUACAUGGAUCUAUUUGGGCCUACAACGACUCCCAUUCACUGAGCGGAUUCGGGAUUAGAUUUGGGAUUACCCAUCGAGAACUCGAAAAGAUAGGAGAGACCAAGGCCAGUUUCUUUGGUAAAAUUAUCCAGUCAGGUUCCCAUCCAGAUGAUCCUUAAUAAGACAGCAGACGGUACAGGCAUCAACUCCAACACCCUGGCCUUACAGAUGAAGGGCCAUCCUGAGCUGAGGGACAAGCUUCAUGUCGUCACCUCAUGGGGGCCUUUGCCUGUCUACCCUGGGGUGGUCAACUCAGAAUUACCUGCCAGUAUUAUAUGCAACAAGUGUGAGUUUACCAUGGGCAAGAGUGUAGAUGGCAUCGAUAACACUGUUGGUUUCCGGCUUGGCGCUUACAAGGGUCUUGACCCACAAGAUAACCAUUCCACCAGCACCUCUGACGUACCAGUGACUGGUGCUGCCAUAACGGAUCCCAAUCACUAUCGGACACUACAGCACUUCACCUCAGAGAUCUUCAAGAUUGAGAUCCAAAAUCUCCCAAGACAAUUUGGAUUUGCGAUAUAAAGUGUUUGAGG